AUGUCGCCCAAAAGGGGCUUCCAUGGAGAGCUGCUUCAACACGGAGUCUCGAACAGCUAUCUGCACUUGCGCAUCCGAAGGCUUGAACGCGUAGUGGGAAACCAUGACGGUCAUGGCCAGAGCCUUAUAGCGACGAAUGUAUUCUUCGUAAGUCACGGCGUUGGAUACGCCAAAACUGCGAAGACGAUCAAUGCCCGAGCUCUUGUCUUGAGUGCCCCAGGCAGCCGCCAAUUUCUGGAUGAAAAAGGCGUACGUCGAGGGCCCUGCCGGUUCCUUGCGCAGAUGGUUUUUGUACCUGUAGAAAGGUGGCAUCAAGAAAUUCCAGCGUGGCACGGUUGGUGAUUUGGCCUUCUACGACAGCAGCACGGACACGUUUGGGGAACAACGGAAGCCAUCCGGUGACCCCGGUGGAGGAAUUGAAAGUCUGCUUGCGCUAGACGUCGCUUUUGUGGAGGAUCUCUGUGACCACACCCUUGCAGCUAGACGCGAAGCGAGCAAAUUCAUCAGGAUCAGGACCGAGGGGCAAGCGCGUGACACUAUCAAGUUGUUCCGGCUUCAGCUUGUCCAUCUUGCCUUGAAUGCGGAUGGUGUCGGCCUCCGCUGCAGCGGCGUCCGCAGCGUCCAGAGCCUCCUGCCUCGCUCUCGCUCCUGUGGAAGACAAAGGCAAACCAGCAUCGUCCUGUGGCAACGGUGACGCCGCUUGACCCGGUGGCUCGACGAUGUGGUCGGUUGUAGAGUUAGGAUCAAUCAGAAUAGACCACGCUGGAGGGGGGGGCGAUACCAUCAAAGGCUGUUGCAACAGGGCUGGGGCUGUCGACGCUGACGGUGCCACCGCAGGCCCGACCGGUACUGUCGCCGACCUCGUUGCUAAUGACGAUGAUCCUGGCGUGGUCCUGGCAGCGGUUUCGGCACGAACAUCGCGCCCCACAGGAGCUCCCGAAAAGCUCGAAGCGUGGUCUUGCAUCGGUGUCGGAUGCGUUGGUGGGGAAGAAGAUGGGGCAGGUGGUGGCACGUUAGGAGCGUUAGGGGGGCACAGGAGGUUGUACAUUCGCGUCGGCAGCAGCAUCCACUACUUGAUUUGCUCGCAGGAGAGUGAAUACUUGUUCCAACAGCAUUUCAGCCGAAGUCGAGGCGUGUGAUGCAGCAUGGCGUGGUGACUCAACAGGUUCGUCCAAAGGCAAGGAAGAUGUGGGAUGAUCCAUGACGGCAUGGGCAGGGGCAUGGCUUUUCACAGCGGCUGAACGUUCACGAAGUUGCAUGUUGGCAAGUUUAAAAGCCAAAGAAGACCUGGUCGGUUGGCCUACAUCACCAGGAGGGCGUAGAACAAGCGGUGAAGAACAGAGAGAACCGUCUUCUGAAGCAUCCUUGUUUUCCCCCAACAACCCAGAGCUACGAAAAUCACCUCGAUCAUACAUCACUUGCCUGUUACCGUGGCCUGACCUCCGUCCCCCUUUUCCGCCGCGACUGCUGUCAGUGCUGGUCGCCCUGCUGUUGCCCCCGCUCUGGUCCUGGCUCCGGCUGCGGCUACGCCUAGACGGAGGCGUGUUUCUCCCACGACGGUCUCCGCUCCGGCUUCGACCACGCCUAGACGAAGGGUUGGUGCGCUGUUGACGUUCUGUGCUCCGACUCCUGCUCCGGCGAUGGCGACUCGCCGGCGAAGACCUGGUAGGCCGGUUCCCCACGGCUCGCCCUCGCCUGUUAUCUCCGACGCCGCGCCCUCGCGAAGACUGGGUGGAGCGGCGGUGGUCGUUCGUCCCGCUCUUGGCCGUCGAAUCCCGGUCGCCCCAACGGUUCUUGCAGCUCUUGGACACAGGAGCCGCCGACCAACUGUAGUAAUUGUCCUCUCCAGAACCAUGCGCAGGGCGUGAAGAGGCCUGCCGGGGGGCUUGCAGAUCGUGCUUGAAGUCGUUGUUCGAGGGAGCACGAGCAAGAGGCAGCUGGAGUCCUCGAUCUUGUGUCACCACCGACGUUCCUUGAGGACCUCUAAAAAAGGUGGCACGACGGAGAGCGAACAAAAGCUGGAACACGGACUGCCGCGAAGAAGGCGGAAGUUUCGCGAUGUAUGGGGUGUGAUAGAUGUGCCCGAAAGCAACGGUGUGCGGUGGAGGAAAUUGUGCACGGACGAGUUGUUAGAUGCCAGCCCAUGCAAAAAGAGGUGCCAAUUUGUCCUCAUCGUGGAACGUUACAUCUUCUGCAGGCAUCUCCAGCGGGCGGGACAGGAACGCUAUCUCUCCAACGUGGAACUCGUACACCGUGGUUGCCGCCGCAAACGAUGCUCCGUCUUCAGCACCGGCCGGAAGACCCAACGUCACCGAAAACUCCGGAGUCGCUGUCCUCUUCCGCUCCUUCUCGUUCGUCGGAGAUGCCGCCACUUCCCGCUCCUUCUCGUGCGGCGAGGCGGUACGAUGGGAACCAAGGGGUACCUGGGA